CAAGGCUGUUUCUGCAGCCCCGGUGCGAAGAGCCAAGAGCGCUUGGUCAGCCCAUCCGGAGGCAGCACUGGAGAGAAUCCCAGAGGCGGCAGCAGGUCCUGCAGGCGUUUCUCCUGCACUUAACCCUUCGUGGGAGCUGCAGAUGGAGCCUCCUUGUUUGAAGCAGGGAGGAUUUAGUGUCUGGUUUCUCUGGUAUCCAUGAGGAGGAGCUGCUGGAUGUGGUGAUUUGAAUCUCUGGCCAAGGACAGCCGAGCCGGGGCUGCGCUGGGGAGAUGAUCUGAUUGUGCUUUGGAUUUAAUGCCCUGGCAAAUCUUGCUUUGGAUGCAGCACCUGGCUGGCAGCGAGGAUCCUGCUCUGAGGUGGUUUGUGUGCUGGGUGAUGGUGGCACACAGAAGGUCACAGGAUUUGUGCAAGGUCCCCAGGUAAAAACUGCAGUGGGGAAGCUCCUCCGGAGAUCCACGCACUGGAGAGCAGAGCAGGGAGCUCUGGCUGUCUGACAUCCCUGCUUCAAAUGAUGAAAAACCUUCUUCUCCAGCAUUCCUUUGUUUUAAAGGAGAGCUGCUGGCCUGCCUUGCCAGCUGAGCUUUCUGUGCCUGCACUGAAGGAACAGCCUGACCCUCCUGGAAGAAGCAAUUUUCUGCAGCUGAAAUCUUAAUGCAGAAGUGUGGAAGAAAUCUGCUGUUCUGGGAGCAGCCUGGCUGUUCCUGAACAGUGAGUUUGUGCUCUCUGGCAGUGACUUGGACCUGGGAAAACGCAGCUGAGUUGCUCAGAAAAAGAACAGAGCUUUCCUUCAGUCCUUCACUUGGGUUUCUGUUUCCAUCGGCGCCGUGCAGAGCGUUGCAGCAUGCGCCCCCUUGCUGCCUUGGCUGAGAGCGGGAUGAGGAGUUGAGGAGGUGCUGCCAAGAGCCAGUGGAAGAAGUCACCUCCCAAACUGCCCUGCUCAGAGGAGCUGCUUCUCUCAGCUGUCAAGGACUCUGAGUGUUGCUGCAGGGAAGAGGACAGGGCUGCCUGAGCCAUGUCCAACGAUCCCCCCCCGCCCUACCCGGGGGGCCCCUCGGCGCCGCUGAUAGAGGAGAAGCACGGCCCCCCCUCGGCACCAGAGAGUGUCACCCCAGUGGUGGGACAGCCCCAGGGGGUUCCGAUCCCCCCUCCUGAGUUCGGACCUCCCCCCUAUGAGCCCCCCUCGCAGCCGGGGUUCAUCCCCCCCCACAUGCCCACGGAUGGCUCUGGGCCCUACGUGCCACCAGCAGGAUAUUACCCACCCCCAGGCCCUCACCCCCCCAUGGGCUACUACCCUGCCCCAGGCCCCUACCCCUCUCCUGGUGGCCACACGGCCACAGUGCUGGUGCCCCCGGGAGCUGCCACCACGGUGACAGUGCUGCAGGGAGAGAUCUUCCAGGGAGCCCCCGUGCAGACUGUGUGUCCCCACUGCCAGCAAGCCAUCACCACCAAGAUCUCCUACGAGAUCGGGCUCAUGAGCUUCCUCCUGGGCUUCUUCUGCUGCUUCGUGGGGUGUGAUCUCUGCUGCUGCCUGAUCCCCUGCCUGUUCGAUGACUUCAAGGACGUGACACACACGUGUCCCAACUGCAAGGCCUACAUCUACACGUACAAGCGCAUGUGCUAACGGCACCCGGGAGCCUCUGGAGUCCCGGCUGCCCGGCACGUAGAGUAGAGGAGUUUGUAACCAGGCUGCAGCUCCAGGGCCGCCCUGGGCCCCGCAGGGUCUCCUUGCAUGCAGUGUAGGGGGUGUUUGAGCUCACGCACCUGAGGCAGAAGGAAGGGGCAAGCAGGCAGCGCCAGGAGCUGCCAGCAGCGCUCCCACAGCAGGGUGAGAGGGGCUGGGAGCCGAGUUCAGCCUCUCGGGCUGCUCCUCCCGCCCCUGGCCCUGCAGCUCCCAGAGCAAAGUGGGGAGGGCUCUCAGUACACAGGUCUGCAAACACAGCCUGGCCUGCACAGGCAGCUGCUGUUUGCUCAGGGCUGGAACUGUGGCACUAGUCAGUGUUUUUAUGUAAAUAAAUAACAGACCCUGAA